AUGAAAGUGCGCUUCAAAACAUCUGGUGGAGAAGAGUUAUAUUUUGAUGAGAAUGGUGACAUAACUUCCCUUGCAAAUAUCAUUAACUGGCAGCUAACUCCAGAAGGUUCCAUGAAAAGUGUAACUGUGGGAUGGUUUAAACAUUAUGCUGAAGAUGGGAAGCAGCUUUUUAUUAAUAACAGUGCCAUCAUGUGGAAUGGAGGACUCUUACAGGUUCCAAAGUCUGUGUGCAGUGAAGCUUGCCAUCCUGGGUACAGAAAAGUUGUACGACAAGGACAGACACUGUGUUGCUUUCACUGCAUCCCUUGUUCUGAUGGAGAAAUUUCUAAUACAUCUGGUAUGUUUAAUUGUAUAAAGUGCACAGAAGAUUACUGGUCAAAUGCAGACAAAACGUUAUGCACUGGAAAAUAUGUUGAAUUCCUUUCUUAUGAAGAUCCUUUGGGCACUUCAUUAGCAGUGACUUCUGUGGUCUCUUCACUGGUGCCAGUCAUUGUUUUAUGUAUCUUCAUCAAACACCAUAACACUCCAGUAGUCAAAGCAAAUAACCGUGAAAUCAGCUACUUCCUCCUUGUAACCCUUACAUUUUGUUUACUGACUGCUCUAAUAUUUAUUGGUCCUCCAAACAAUGACACAUGCGUUUUCAGACAAACAGCAUUUGGCAUAUUCUUUUCCAUAUGUGUCUCAUCUGUACUGGCUAAGACCAUCACAGUAGUGAUUGCAUUUAAUGCCACAAAACCUGGCAGUCAGCUAAAACACUUGGUUGGAUCAAAGACAUCAUUUUGUACAAUAUUUUGUUGUUUUGUGUUUCAGUUUAUUAUAUGCAUCAUAUGGCUCUCUAUUUCACCACCUUUCUCAGAUACUGACAAAACACUUCCAGAGAAAAUACUGAUUCAGUGUAAUGAAGGCUCCAUAUUCAUGUUCUAUUGCAUGCUGGGAUAUUUAGGCAUAUUAGCAACUGUGAGUCUUAUAAUAGCCUUCCUUGCCAGAAACUUACCAGAUGGCUUCAAUGAGGCCAGAUUUAUUACAUUUAGUAUGAUUGUUUUUAUAAGUGUGUGGCUUUCUUUCUUACCCGCAUAUAUCAGCACAAAGGGAAAGUAUAUGGUUGCUGUAGAAGUUUUUGCCAUUCUCUCAUCUAGCAUUGGCUUGCUGCUUUGCAUUUUUAUGCCCAAAUGCUAUAUUAUUCUUAUAAAGCCAAAUAUGAACACAAAGCAAUACAUUGUAAGACAGCAAACAUCAUUGUUUCAACAAUAA